ACGACUGAUAGGGCGACGCUUUAACGACCCCAUGGCACAGACAGACAUGGAGCUGUGGCCGUUCACAGUCAUCAAUGAGGACGGCAAGCCUAAAAUCCAGGUCCAGUUCAAGGGAGAAACCAAAACCUUCUUUCCUGAAGAAAUAAGUGCCAUGAUACUGUCAACACUCAAGAGUUCAGCGGAAGCGUACCUAGGCCACCCAGUUCGUAACGUCGUGGUGACCGUGCCGGCGUACUUCAACGACUCCCAGCGUCAGGCUACCAAGGAUGCCAGCACCAUCGCAGGCCUCAAUGUACUGCGUAUCCUCAACGAACCGACGGCCGGCGCCCUGGCAUACAGCCUUCACAAGUCAGAUAAGGAGCGAACUGUGUUAAUUUUCGAUUUGGGAGGUGGAACUUUCGACGUCUCCAUACUGACAAUCGAAGAGGGCAUCAUCGAAGUUUGCGCCACGGCAGGACACACGCACCUUGGCGGUCAAGACUUUGAUACGCGCCUGGUGGACUACUGUGCGAGUGAAUUUGCCAAGAAUCACGGAUUGGAACUGCACGGAGACAACAAAGCCCUUAGGAGGCUGAGAACGGCAUGUGAGCGCGCCAAACGCACGCUUUCAUCAGCGGAAAAGACCAGCGUUGUAUUGGACUCGCUGCACAGGGGCCAGGACUUAAAAGUAGUAGUCACUCGCAAGCAGUUUGAGGAAUUGAAUCAGGACCUGUUCUCAAAGAUCAAUGACAUCCUGGAACAAGUGCUGCGCGAUGCGAAGUUAAUUAAAGACGAUGUAGCAGAAGUGGUAUUAAUCGGAGGGUCGACUCGAAUACCGUACAUUCAGCAGAUGGUGCGGACGUUCUUCGGCAAAGAACCAAGUAAAACCAUAAACCCCGAUGAAGCCGUCGCUCACGGCGCGGCUAUUGAAGCCGCUAUCUUAGAAGGUGACUCUUCUGCGACCAUCUCUGACCUGGUCCUAGUUGACGUGACCCCUCUUUCCCUCGGCAUAGAAGUAGAUGGAGGAUUAAUGAGUGUAAUCAUCGAACGAAACACUUCCAUUCCCACUAAAAAGACCAAAAGGUAUAACACUGUCGCUGACUAUCAAACUAGUAUCUCGAUCAAUGUAUUUGAAGGCGAAAGACAGAAGACAAGUGAGAAUUGUCUACUCGGGAAGUUUAAUAUGUCUGGAAUUCCACCAUUGCCGGCAACCCAGGCUAAGGUGGACGUUACAUUUGCGAUCGAUGCCAAUGGGAUCCUUCAUGUUUCAGCGGAGCAAACCAUUACAAAGAAUAAAAACCUGAUAACGAUCACUAGUAACAAGGGGCGGUUGUCGCAAGCAGAGAUCUUGCGAUUGACGCAUGAGGCUGAAAUUAUGAAGCGGGAUGGUGACGUGAGAGAAGAGGUGGCCGAGGCGACAGAGCAGCUAGAAAGCCUCUGCCAGCUCGGACAGCGCGACGGGAGUAAUCCCGUCAAGUAUAAGUGCCAGGCGUUACUGGCUUGGCUGGCUGGUCCCGGAGCCACGGCGACGGAACGCGAAAUUGUCUUGAAACGGCAGGAGUUGGAACUCCUCCUUGACCUACAAAACCUGAGACUAUAA